AUGGCCACUCCAACUCGAAGCCUGCGACAUUUGUCGUCCGUGAGGACGAAGACUGCCUCUCCAGUGACGUCGCUCACUACCCACCUCAUCUACCGCACCUACGCCACCACCGACGGCAGCUCCGCAACAUCCACACCAGGAAUCACCCGGCGGCGAAAGACUUCUUUCCAAGAUAAACUAAAUGCCGGCCCCUCCUUCAGCGAUUUUGUCUCCGGCGGCGGGGACAACGGCCCCCUCGAGCCCAACGAAGCUUAUGCCCUGAAAACAGCCAUGGUUGGACCCGCCGGCCGCAAGAAGGAAAUGACCCGACUCCCCUCAUGGCUGAAGACCCCGAUCCCCGACUCAAAGAACUACCAACGCCUGAAGAAAGAUCUUCGCGGCCUGAACCUGCACACCGUCUGCGAGGAAGCCCGCUGCCCUAAUAUCUCCGACUGCUGGGGCGGCAGCGACAAAUCCGCUGCAACCGCCACCAUUAUGCUGAUGGGCGAUACGUGCACGCGCGGCUGCCGCUUCUGCAGCGUGAAGACCAACCGUGCCCCCGCCCCGCUGGACCCUCACGAACCCGAGAACACCGCUGAAGCGAUUGCGCGGUGGGGUCUGGGCUACGUUGUCCUGACGACUGUGGAUCGCGACGACCUCGCGGACGGCGGCGCCCGGCACUUCGCCGAGACGGUGAUCAAGAUCAAGCAGAAGGCGCCCAACAUCCUUGUCGAGUGUCUGACCGGUGACUACCGGGGUGACACGGAGAUGGCAAAGCUGGUUGCGCGAUCAGGUCUGGAUGUGUACGCGCACAACGUCGAGACCGUCGAGGCACUCACGCCGUAUGUGCGUGAUCGCCGUGCUACCUUCCAGCAAUCGCUUCGGGUGCUGAAGGCGGCGAAGGAGGCGAAGCCAGAUCUCAUUACCAAGACAUCUCUGAUGCUGGGCUUUGGAGAGACGGAUGAGCAGCUUUGGGAUGCGCUGCGGCAACUGCGGGCUGUUGAUACCGAUGUUGUUACUUUCGGCCAGUACAUGCGCCCUACCAAGCGGCAUAUGGCUGUUGAGGAGUAUGUGACUCCGGAUCGCUUUGAGCUGUGGCGCCAGCGGGCGCUUGAUAUGGGUUUCUUGUAUUGUGCUUCCGGGCCGCUGGUCCGGAGUAGCUACAAGGCGGGUGAGGCUUUCAUUGAGAAUGUUCUCAAGAAGCGUCGCUCUGGAGCUGGUGCUGCGAAGGGUGCCGUCAAUGACACUGUUGUUGCGGCCAAUGAAGCUACCCAUUAG